AUGAAAGUUUCUUGUGUUUUAUCAACUGCUUUAUUAUCUUCAAUAGCUUUAGCUCAUUUUGGUAAAGAUCAUGGUAAAGAUGCAACAACUUCACCAUUAAGUACAGAAUUUACUACAAAAACAGAUAUAAAAACUACAUUGGUCACAGUUACGUCUUGUUCAGAAAAUCGUUGUUCAAAAGUUACUCAUGCCACGGGGGUCACGACAAUUACUGAAGAUACAACCGUUUAUACAACUUAUUGUCCUUUCACUUCAGUUCCUUCCACCACAUCAACUACAUCAACAUCUACAACUCCUUCAACUACAUCAACCUCAACAACUCCUUCAACUACAUCAACUUGUACAACUCCUUCAGCUACAUCAACUUCAACAACUUCUUCAACUACGUCCACUUCAACAACUGCAAUCCCAUCAAGUUCAUCCUCAUCGACUUAUAAAUGUUUAACCACAGUCACUGAAGGUAAAAAAGUUUUCACUACUGAUUGCUCAUACACUCCGAUUUGUUCAACAACUACUACUCCAGCUCCAUCAAGUUCAAGUUCAAGCUCAUCAAUUUAUGUUUGUUUAACUACAGUUACUGAAGGUUAUAAAACUUUUACUACUGAUUGUUCAUACACUCCAGUUUUAUCAUCAAGUACUCCGGUUGCUUCUUCAAGUACUCCAGUUUCAUCAUCAAGUACUCCAGUUUUAUCAUCAAGUACUCCAGUUUCAUCAUCAAGUACUCCAGUUGCAUCAUCAAUUUUAUCCUCAAGUACUCCAGUUGCAUCAUCAAGUGCUCCAGUUUCAUCAUCAAGUACUCCAGUUGCAUCAUCAAGUACUCCGGUUGCAUCAUCAAGUACUCCGGUUGCAUCAUCAUCAAGUGCUCCAGUUUCAUCAUCUAGUAUUGCAGUUUCAUCAUCAUCUACAACUCCAAUCUCAUCAUCAUCUACAACUCCAAUCUCAUCAUCAUCUACAACUCCAAUCUCAUCAAGUCCAAUUUCAUCAAGCUAUGUCUGCAUAACUACAAUUACUGAAGGAACUAAGUGCUUCACUACCGAUUGCUCAUACACUCCAGUUUCAUCUUCAUCGUCCACUACUCCAAAUUCAUCAAGUUCAAUUGUUAGUUCAGUUUCAUUUUCAUCAAGCUCAGUUAGUGCUCCAGUAUCAAGUAGCCAAUUUAGUUCUUCAAUUUCAACUACAAUUUCAUCUUCAUCAAGUUCAGCAUCAUCAUCUGCAAGCUAUUCUAGUGCUUAUUCUUCAAGUUUAGUAUCAUCAGCAUCAAGCGCUUAUUCAUCAAGCUCAAUUGAUUCAUCAUUAUCUAGUAUUUAUUCAUCGAGUUCAGUUGCUUCAUCAGUUUCAAUUUCAACCUUAUCAAGCUCAUUUACUUCAAGCUUUUCAUCUGUUUCAACUUCUGUUGUAUCAUCAGCUUCUAGUUCAAUUGUUAGCUCAAGCUUUGUUGCUUCUAGUUCAUACACACCAUCAGCUUCUACUAUUUCAGUUUCAUCAGCAUCUACCACACCAAUUUCAUUCAGCUCAAGUAGUAUUCCAGCUUCAAGUUUUGUUACUUCUUCAACAAGUGGUAAUUCAACUUCAAUCUCACCAACAGAAUCAGUUCCUUCAUCAAUUGUAUCAACUCUGAUUGAAAGUGUUAGCUCCACCAUUAUUACUACCACAUCAUACAGUGGAGAAUCUUCAAUUGUUUCUACUUUAACCACUGGAUUAACAACAAUAACAUCUGGUACUACAGUUUACACUACUUAUUGUCCUUUAACUCCAUCAUCAACUUCAAUUUUACCAACUGAAGUAACAUCAACUACUAUUCCUGGAGUAAGCUCAACUGUUAUUACUACUACAUCUGAAAGCGCUGGAUCAUCAUUUGUGUCAACUUUCACAACAGGAAUUACCACGAUUUCAUCAGGUACUACAGUUUACACUACUUAUUGUCCAUUAACUACUGAAUCUAUUUCAUCAUCACCAUCAAUUCCAGAAGUUAGUCAUACUGUUGUAACAACUACAUCUCAAAGUGCUGGAUCAUCAUUCGUUUCUACUUUCACUACUGGUGUCACUACUAUUUCAUCAGGAAAUACAUUUUACACAACUUUCUGUUUAUUAACUUCAGCUAUUCCAUCUGGUGGUAAUGUUGUUUCAUUUACUGCAACCAGUGGACAAAUUAUUACUACAACUGCUUCAACUCCUCAAGUUAUUGUUACAACAGCAUCAAGUGAAAGUUUAAUUACUAAAAUUGGAGCUAAAGGUGUAGAAUCAGUUUAUACCGUAUCAAGUGGUCAAAUUAUUACUACAACAGCAUCAAGUGGUCAACCAAUUGUUACUACAGCAUCUUAUGGUCAAGUUAUUGUUAAUACUGUUCCAGCUGAAAGUGUUGAAGCUUCAUCAACAUCAAUCUCUGAGUCAAAUGAAACUGCUCCAUCUCCUGUCGGUUCAAAUAUUGCUAUUGAUACUACUACUACUCAAGGUUCUAAUGUCCCAACAUCUAUUGAAGCCGUUUCAGUUACAACUGCUGCUCAAAUUACUGGUGAAAGUGUUGUUCCUUCAAUUAGUCAAGCUUCAGAAUCUACAAGUAUUUCAAUUGGUCAAGCAUCAGUCAGUUCAGUUACACCAUCUCAUACUAUAUCUACAUAUGAAGCUUCUGGUUCUUCAACAAAACAACCAGUAUUUGCAUUAGCCAUAAUUUUAUUUGCAUAUUUCAUUUAA